AUGGACGCUUUUCUUCUGCUCAACUGCACUAAUGAGAGCAUCUGCAUGAAUUCCGGCCAGGUCGAUGCGGGAUUCUCGGUGUGGCGACGCGGGCGGCAGUCAAUCCAGUUCGCCGGCCAGUGGCUGGGGUACAUGGAGGACCCGCGCGUGUCAACGGACCUGCCGAACCAGCUGGGUCGGCCGAACCAUGCCUGCUUCAUGGACCACCGGCACGACCAAUCCGCGCUGGGGCUGCUGGCGAAGCGGUGGGGGCUGCACAUGUGGCCGCAUGAUGCUGUGGAGGAGGUUAUCAGUCACCACUGGAACAAGGAGUGA